AAAAACUAAAGACAAAAACAGAAAAAAGUGCGCGAACAAGUCACGUACAUUUUAUUGCCGACGGGGUGAUCAAGGGUAAGGGUCGUCAAUCCGCAUACUUUAUCCCAUUCAGUGACGUCACACCGUGGAGGCAACAACGAUUUUAAUUGGAACCAAAUAUCGCUCACGGGCGAAAUCUACAUCAUCGUCAGCCUCCCUUUGUCGUCGGCAGUUGUAAGCACGCGGGCAUUCUCUAUCACUUUGCCAACGCAAGCUCGUCAACGAGUUUCACUUCUGCUCCACGCUAGCCAAAGUUGAUGGUGGCAGUUGAUUGCAAACCACAGACGCCAACGAAGUGCCCAACAUGGUGGAUCGAGGAAACCCCUUCAGCUCCAUGGUUUCGUGCAAAUGGUUGGUUGUCAUCGGCAUUUUGACCAUUGCCAUUUCUUUGGUUGCCGGCAUCAUAUUGGGUGUCAUCGCUGUUCAUUUUAGUAAUGCUACUGCAGCUAAAGCGUCAACGCCGGAUGCGGGAGAAAGUAUGGCUGCAUCAGCCGGCGCUCAGCAUAUGGAUUUAAACACAACGAUUCUUCCUGUCAUCGACCCCAUGUUGACGACAAUGGCAUCUAUUACAGAGCAGCACGUUGAACGAGAUGUGACUACUGUACCGCCAGAUGCCUUCACACCCUCAGCAGAGUCGAUCAAUAGAACUAUGUCAAACGCCACAACUUUGGGAGGCCAAUCGAGCACUUUAGCUAGCACAAAAGCAACUAUUCCUGCCGCUAGUUCUUCUAUUUCGACAAAUAGUUUAAAGACUAUUACGGCUGCAACUACAAGUCCCACGACUGUACCAACGAGUGUGACAUCGAAUCCUUCUACUACUACCACUACUGCUGCUACUACCACUACUGCUGCUACUACCACUACUGCUGCUACUACCACUACUGCUGCUACUACCACUACUGCUGCUACUACCACUACUGCUGCUACUACCACUACUGCUGCUACUACCACUACUGCUGCUACUACCACUACUGCUGCAACCACUACUGCUGCUACCACUACCGCUACUACCGCUUCUGCUGCUAAAACUGAACCUACAACAACUUCUCCAAUUGAACUUUCGGGUGCAGAACUCAAGGACUUGCCACGCAAAAAUUCUACCUUGGCACCAAGCACAGAAAAUUCGACCACUACGUUGAUGGUUCCUGCAGUAAAUCAAACUUCUCCCUCGUCAUCACUGUCACCGCUGAGUGUGAUUACAUCUACAUCAUCAAGCACAAAUCAAUAUAUUGGACAUUCAUCUGACUUCUUUGAAACUCGCCCAUUUUGGCUGCAGGGAUCCACAACAACGAAAAAUAGUGCUCUGCCCUUCACCACAAGCAGUCCAACUUUAUUAUCAACUAGCGCUACGAAUUUCACCACCAACAUCAUGUUUUCGUUCAGCGAUGUGGGAUCCAAUUCCACUUUAUCAAUGGAUUCACUGAAGGCGCAAACUCCUAAUACUACUUUGAAUCAGUCAGCUUCAACUUCUUCAGCGAACGCAAGUACCUUGACGAGUUCCUCCACCACAAUUGCUGUAAAUCUCACGUCAUCCACCAAAUUUUUGCCGCUUACGAACGCCACAACGACUACCACGCCGUUAUCUACCACGCCGUUAUCUACCACGCCGUUAACUACCACGCCGUUAACUACAACGACAGCGACGACGGCAACGACGGCUAAUUUGAAUACGACAUUGCUGACUUCUCCAGUUACCACAUCGCCCUCAACUUUUUCAACUGCUCGAUGGACGAACGCGACAACCGCAAGCACAGUCUCUUUGACUUCAAGCUCCGUUACAACUUCUCAACCCACCACUACUACUCCGACAACUACCACUGUCACUACAACUGAAGCAACAAAAACGACGUCUGAAGGAACAACAACACCGAUUGUUACUGACGAUCCAAUCGAUUCAGUAGUUGUGGAGCUGGAAAAUCCGUCACAUCCGUGCCCUGGAUCUCCGCAGACUUUGAUCUAUUUUGAGCAGAUGUGCGAUGGUAAGGUACAAUGUCCGGAAGCCACCGACGAAACGGAUUGCUCCUGCCGGAGUCGGAUGGACCCCAGCAAAAUUUGCGACGGCAUCUUCGAUUGCCCUUCUCUUGAUGACGAAACCAGCUGUCGAGGUUGUAACGCUUCUCAAUUCAACUGUGACAUCACUAGGGCAAAACCUUUGUGUAUUCCGCUGAAACAGCGUUGCGACGGAGUCGAACAAUGUCCCGACGGAAUGGACGAAGUCGGAUGCAGCGUUCUGUCGCCUACCCAAGAGCCACUCGAGGUGUCGGUAGCGAAGUACAGUUCUGGAUAUGUGAUGCACAAUAUCAAGAAUAAAUGGUAUCCAUUGUGCGAUUCCUCUUACAAUGUGACUCAGUUAGUCUCCGGCAUCUGCCAGUUGACUGUUGGAGACGGUAUCGGAAUGCUCCAAGUGUCGAAGAGAAAAUCAAAUUCUUCGGCUUACAACGGCACAUUUGCCACGUUCAUCGGAAUCGUUAACAAACCGUUGGUUAUUGGAAACUGCAAAGAUCUUUUAUUUGUUCAAUGCCCAUCUCCUCGUUGUGGAAAAAAGGCUCCGAGUCUGGCAGAAAUCGGUCGGAAAGUAACGAUCAAACCCAAUAUAACGAUAGCUUCAACUACCAGUAAACCGAACAAUUUUCAAAACGGAAAUCCCUCUCUACUUAUUAAGCCAUUCAUUGGCCGAUCCGUACAAUCUGACCAACCCUCAACGGAUGUGGAAGCCCCAAUUCGUCGGUUCCGUAAGUCGGAUCCGACUUGCCAAGGGUCUAGGUGUAGUCGCCUCACUGGCCGUUAUCCGGAAUCACUGGUUCAACGACGUAAGAGACGAGGCACAUUGGACAGAAUUGUUGGCGGUCGUGAAAGUAGCAUGGGCGCUUGGCCAUGGGUAGUAGCCAUCAUUCGCGAUGGGGAGUUCAAGUGCGGUGGUUCUCUUCUAGAUAAUACCUGGAUCCUGACAGCUGGGCAUUGUUUCCAUAUGUUAGAGAAAUCCCACUUUGAAAUUCAAUUGGGAAUGCUGCGACGGUCUUCUUUCUCUCCUCUGGAACAAACUCGUGCCGUCCUUUCAGUCUACGUCCACCCGAAAUAUAAUCCGCUUACACUAGAAAAUGACAUUACCUUGUUGCGAGUGCAAGAACCUUUCCAACUGAACCAGUGGACCGCUCCCGCAUGCCUACCUAGUUUGGGUUAUUACCCGCGGAACGACACACUUUGCACCGUCGUCGGAUGGGGAAAUGUCCAAGAAAAUGGACCAGAGUCGGAUUCGCUUCGUGAAGUCGCCAUCCCUAUUACACCUUGCAAGAGUGAUCUACAAGUAGACCCAAAAAAGGUCUUGUGCGCAGGAUUUCCAGAAGGAAAGAAGGAUUCAUGUCAGGGGGAUUCUGGCGGACCCUUAGUUUGCCCUGACCCCAGUACGAGUGGACGUUGGUUAUUGGCCGGAAUAGUGAGCUUCGGUUUAGGAUGUGCCCGUCCUGAGGAAUUGGGUGCCUACACCAAUGUAGCUUACUACACUAGCUGGAUCAACGGAAUUAUGGAUGGAAAAAGCGAUCAACCUAUGAGGACCCCCAAACAAAUCUGCAAAGGAAUGAUCUGUCAGCGCGGAACAGGCGUCUGUUUGUCUCCCGACUUGAUAUGUGAUGAAAUUGUAGACUGUCUGAACGCUGAGGAUGAAGUUAAUUGUGGCAGCGCAAAGCUUUUGUCAUCAACCAGUCACGCCCCGAUCAUCUCAACCGAGAUUUCAACGUUGGCUCCAAUUUUAACAACUACUCCAUUGCCACCUACUACCCCGGCUGUGUGCACUGCCGACCAAUUUACCUGCUCAAAAGUGUUCCAGUGUGUGCCGCUCUCUGAUAAGUGCGAUCAGAUUGGUGACUGUAAAGAUGGGACAGACGAAUCGUCUUGUUCUUGUGCCGACGUUUUGAGGAGCACCGGAAAUUCUCAAUUGAUUUGCGACGAUCACAUUGACUGCUCAGAUUAUUCGGAUGAAGCAGGAUGUCGAAAUUGUUCUGCGGCUGAAUACUACUCGUUCAUUUCUUCGAAAUGUAUGCCGUACAAGGAAAUGUGUGACGAUCGUGGGGACGAUGAAUCUCAUUGCGCGGCCCUAAUUCCACAGCCGUUCUCUGUUACGCUCGACCGAAUGGGAAAACUGAAACGUGAACAGUCUGGUAUAGUAGCCGUGAACAAAUUGGGUCAUUGGCAGCCUAUUUGUGUGAAAAAUUGGACUUCGUCCGUCAGCGACGAAAUUUGCAAUUAUUUUGGAUACGGGCCUGGGCUGUCAUACACCUUCAUUCCAGGCAUGGAGUCGGUUCCUAUUAAGAAUUUGGAACCUCAGCAAGGUUUUCUUUGGAAAACUUCCAAAGGAUUCAAUUCUCAACUCGUUUUGCCUAAAAGUGACGCGAAAAUUGUCGAUGAAACUUCCAUUUCGUCGGCGCUACAUUCGAUUGUCAAACGACAGUCGACAACGACGAAUGAUUGCAAAUUUGUGAACGUAACAUGCGCUAAUCAAUUGUGCGGAAUUCGACCGAAUCUUGGCGGAUGGGACAACUUUCCCAAUAUAGAGGGUCGAUUCCCUUGGCAUGUUACACUGUUCCUCAAUGGCCAGUAUCUAUGUGGCGCAACAUUGGUAGCCCCUGAAUGGCUUCUGGUUUCUUCCAAUUGUGUCCGCAACAUUAACUUGACAAAGGAUUACGUGGCUGCCUUGUUGGGUGCUAGAAGGCUGAUUCCGUUCACGUCUCCGAUGGAGCAGAUCCGGCGUGUCGCCAACAUGGUUAAAAUUUCAACCACCAGCAAGAUGGCUCUUCUGUACCUUGAGCGGCCUGUCGAGUUGACUGAGACCGUAAAUCCCAUUUGUUUGGUUCCAAUGGAAAAUGUACGGGCGCUUACGAAAAAGAACCAGUGCGUUGCAGUCAGCAUGAAUGGAACGAUGCUCGCCAGCUCGACCAGUUUUUCUAAAAUUAAUAUGACUGUUCGUAGUCUGUCUGUCAAUUGGACUGACGAUAAAAACACCACCUCUUGCCCUUCGAGCAAGUGGUCCGGGAGCGUGGCUUGCUCCAAUGACUUAUCCUGGUUUGCUGUUGCCAUUUUCGAACGUGACUGCUCGAAAAGGGGACCGUUCGUCGAUACUCUGGAAGGAAUAUGGCAACAUUUUGACGCCAUUGAAAGCAUCACAAAGUGUAGCAGUCUCAAACCUAAACAGAGGAGGAAACGACAGCUCCAAUUUUCAUGCCCAAUGCCGAUCUUACCGCCCCCCAGUUGCAAUUCUUGGCGUUGUCCGUUGGGCACCUGCUUGGAAUCUGAUCAGGUGUGCGACGGCGUACCGGACUGUCGGGAUCGCAGUGAUGAAACGAAGGCUUGCCGAUCCCCUGAAGUGACCACAGUGACGCCGUUCCUUAAUGCAACAAAGUGUGACAGAACCGAGUACGAAUGUCUCGAUGGUCAAUGCAUUCCUGGCGACAUGCUCUGUGAUGGCGUUGUCGACUGCAAAGGUGGCGAAGACGAGAAAGGACCUUUUAACGAUAUCGAAUGUCCGACCGACGUCUUCCGUUGUCUCGAUCCCGGACAAAAUCGUAGCCAAGAGAUGAUUCCUAUGUCGGCUGUGUGUGACGGUCAGCGUAACUGUUCCAAUGGCAUGGACGAAGGAAAAUGUGUGUCGAUCAGUGCUGAAUUCCCAGUCGUAACCGAUAAAUAUGGGAAUCCACUAAAAAUGUCGGCGUCUGGUUUUCUUGUCAUUCGCAUGCAAGGCCGAUGGUUUCCUUUUUGCACCAACGGUUAUUGGGCAGAUGGAUUAACAAAUGCCACUUGCACUGGUUUUGGUUUCGGUAAAAGCGCAUCGUAUAAAGCCGUCAAUUCAUCAGAUGCCUCAUCAUCGAUAAGAAAAAGCGAUCAAUGCUCAACUGUGGUUUACCUUACUUGUGCCUAGUCUUUCUAUACUCCUUGUUACCUGAAAUUCCAGAGUGUUAUUGUUUUAACCCGCCCAGUUUUUAUGUUUGAAGCUACUUGUUCUUCAACACUUCCCCUAUCCAGCGUUUUUUCACUACCCUUUGUUUUACGGCACUGUUAUGAUGGCUUAACAAAAUAUAUCAAUUGAACUUUA